AACAGACUUUCAGGGCCUAUAUAGCUUAUGCUCUUUGCUUGGCUCUCUCUUUGAGAACUACAGUUGUUUUCUUGAGUGUGUCUACCUAACAAAUCCUCACAAUGUGUGACCUGUUCCUGGGAAUGUGGAAACUCCGCUCUAGUGAAAAAUUUGAUGACUACAUGAAAGAGCUGGGUGUGAGUUUAGCCACCCGGAAACUGGGCAGCCUAACCAAACCCAUUGUGACUAUCAGCAUUGAUGGGGAUGUGCUAACAAUCCAAACCAAGAGCACUUUCAAAAGUACUGAGGUCUCCUUCAAGCUUGGGGAGGAGUUUGAGGAAACUACAGCAGAUGACAGAAAAACAAAGAGUAUUGUAACCUUAGAUGAUGGCUCACUGACUCAGGUGCAGAAGUGGAAUGGCAAGGAGACCACAAUAAAGAGAAGAUUAGUGGAUGGGAAGAUGGUGGUGGAAUGUACCAUGAACAAUGUCACAUGCAUCAGAAUAUAUGAGAAAGCAAGAGGACACUAAUCCCCGCCCACUGGACUAGAAACUCACUGAGAUGGCUCUUGACAAGAAAGCUCCAGUAUAAGCUUCUGUUUUCAACUCAAAUGUGUACAGGCUUGUCUCAGAGAAACCAUGUACUCGUGUAACGUAUUAAACAAACAGGCUUUCAAACACUGAA